AUGGCUCAAUUCCAACGUUUCGCUCAACCGCUAGGGUCACGUAUCGCCGUCGGCUCUGCACUCGCCAUUCUCGGCGUCGGCACCUACUGUGCCCGAUCAUCCCUUCUGCCUACCACCUAUGCUGAAUCCAAUGAGCCGCGCAAGAUAUUUUCCGGCUUGGGGUUUACCAGUUUGCGUGUGCAUAGUGUCAAAACGGUCAAUCACGACACGAAACGACUUGUUUUUGAAUUUCCAGAUCCAGAGGCUGUUAGCGGCCUCUCGUUGACUUCAUCAAUACUCACAUUUUUGCGACCUCAGGCUCAACCCGGUUUCGUGGAAUUGAUGGUCAAACAAUACCCCAAUGGCAAAGCAAGCACCCAUCUCCAUUCACUAGCACCAGGCGACAGCCUUACAUUCAUCACAGCCCUCAAGGGGUUUUCCUGGAACGCAGGCCAAUUCUCUCAAGUCUACUUGAUUGCUGGAGGGGCUGGAAUCACUCCAAUCUAUCAGCUGAUCCGUGGUAUUCUGGACAACCCGAAUGAUAAGACGAAGAUCGAUUUGGUCUUUGGAGUCAAUACUGAACAGGAUCUACUCCUUCGCGAGGAAUUCGACGAGUACAGGCGGCGGUUCCCUGAUCGGUUCAACUACGUUUAUACUGUUAGUCACCCAGCUGGAGAGAACUCACUUGUUCGAAAAGGUCGUGUCACGGAGGAGUUACUUCGUGAGGUAGUGAAAGAUGCGUCGGAUGAGAAGACUAAGGUUUUUGUUUGUGGUCCGCCUGCCAUGGAGCAGUCGCUAGUCGGUUCGCGGGGAUCUCCGGGGAUUCUGACGAAUCUGGGAUUCGCCAAGGAACAGAUUCAUCAGUUUUAG